AUAAUACUAUACUACUGCUAAUAAUAAUUAUAAUAUUAAUAAUCACAGUAAUAUUGAUAAAUAAUUAUAAGAAAAUAAUAAUUAUACUCGGAAGCUGGGCUCCCGAUUGUUGUUCAAACCAAGGGCGAGCAUAGUUCUCGGCCCAAAAGCCAUUUGCCGGGGCAAUACGGCACUGAGACUGAAUAAUCUAUACUUCAAUCUGUGGAGGGCUGCUAGAGAGUGCAUUUGCGGCAGUGGGUCGCGAGGAAGACGGACUGGGAUGAGACGCCCGCAGCAAGAAUCUCUCCAAGAGGAUCAUCACCACCACCGCCAUCAUCAUCAUCCUCUUUGCCAAGGCACUCUGCCUUCAUGUUCAAUAGAACCAAGGCGUAAUGAAAAGGAUGAAUCAAGACUUGCUAGAGUUAAGCGUGCGCUGACAGGAUCACUGCUCGGACGUGCUGGUAAUGGAAAUUGCAAUAGAGUUUUCGGAGCGCGGCUGGAGCUGGUCGAGUCCUACUUGGACACAGGAGUGCCCUACGUUGUCCAUCGACUGUGCAAUUACAUAGAGAAACACGGGUUCCAGCAUGCGACUCUGUUCCGGCUCUCUGGAGGUAGUCCGCGACUCACGGAAAGGCUUAGAGCGACGUUCGAAAGGAAAGGCGACGCGGAUCUUGAAUCUGCUGCUUGUCCUUCAACAGCUGCUACACUGCUGAGACAGUACCUGAAAGAGUUACCACAACCGCUUGUUCCGUCUUCACUAGUAUCAAGACUUUUACACGUUCACUCACAAGUGUAUGAACAUCACCGCGAAGAGUGGGUCGAGAGAACGCAGCAGCUUUUGCGCUGCUUGCCUCCUUCACACUAUCGUCUUCUGGGUUAUUUGGUCCACCAUCUCAGCAACUAUGAAGCCCGACAUGGUAGAAGUUCCGGAGUUUGUGGUGUAUUUGCACCUGUCGUACUUCCUCACGUUCCACCGGCUACGACUCUUCUCCGAGAUAUUAUCACAGAGGCUUCUAAGUUAUUUCCCGACUGCGCUAGGGAUUCGUCAGCUUAUCCAUCGGCGAUACCAAACGACUGCGAAGUCUGCUGUAACAAACCAAAGGACCAGCAGAAUAACUCAACGUCAACCAGUACGGGUUUGCUUUGCGCGCUGAAACCGCGUAAACGUAAGGAACGUCGCGAAUCUUGUUGCCAAGAAAGAAAAUUGAUCAGGAGUAACAGUGAAGAACAAAUUUUAGAAAGUCCUCCGAAUGGUAUAGAAUCAAUUCGCAGAGUGAGCAGCCACGAAGAUUUCAACAGCGAUAAACAUUUGCAUAUUAUUUAUCCCGAUCAAGACAUGGGACAUGGAGUGAGAUGUACGGGGUUGCCUUUGCAUGAAAGAACGAAUGUUUCGCCGGUAUCAACAAAGCCAUCACCGUCGCCGGCGCCUUGUGACAUUUUACUCAGCGCUGACCAGCUUGAGUGCGAUGUAGAGCGUGUACGCAGUACCGAGAGGAUUAGCCGAAGCAUUACGCCUCGUGGGAGGCGGGUAACAAGACAUAAAAAAACUCACAAGGGUCUUGAAAUUGAUCUUAACUCCAGUAAGGAAAACGAAAAUGAAAAUGAAGAACAAGAGUCAAAUUUGUACAUAAAUAUUCCGGAUUCAAACCGUCGCAAUAAAGGCACCGGGCAAAGUUUUCUAGAAAUGUUGAGCAGUGGACCAAGCAGAUCGCCAUCGCCGGCUCGUCCUCGUUCCCUAGACCACGAAGAUUCAAAUAAUCCUGUGCCAACAUAUUGGACUUUUCAGAGUAGACAGACUAACGAGGAAGAGGAGGGCGAUACAAACAAUGUUGAAGCGAUGCUGUCACCAAGAAAUUCUUUAUUGUUACCUCGUAGAUUUUACACAGAAAACGACGUGCCACCUAGUGUUCCAGGCCCCGCAGAGCUCGGGCUCAAGACCCUGACGAAACACAUUAACGGAUUAAAGAAAAAAAUAAAAAAAUACGAGGACGAAUUUGAGGAGAAUUUUGGAUAUCGUCCAAGCCACUCAGACAAGAUGAGCAAUCGGGACAUCAAGAGACUUUGCUCAGAACUUAACAAGUUACGAAAAGAGCAUAAAAUGUUGAAGGAAGAUCCAAUAGGAAUGCUACGAGCUGCUGCUAACCGAAACAAGGCUCUUGAUAAUGCGACUCAGGUUAACAAUAACAACAAUAACAACAACAACAACCCGGAGAAAUCUCGCGCUACGUUGAUGGAAGAAAUGCUCAAGGAUGUUGAGAGGAAGCUCGCCGAGAAGAGACUGAAACACGGGCGACCUGAAAAUUUGGAAGAGAUGAAUUACGAGCAAUUGCUCGAGGAGAAAACGGCGGUGCAAAAAGCGUUGCUACACAUCGAAGAUGCGUUUGGCAGACCUGUUUCCAAGGAAGACCGCGCGGUGGUCCGAGUGCUGUACGACCGGUACCGCGCAUUGAAAAGACUGCUAAUUAGAGCAGGGGUUACCAAAAACAAAGACAGUAUAUCGGAGUUGGCAACAAUCCUGGAGCACGAAGCCAUGGAUUUUACAUCCUCAUCGCUUCCGGGAAAUGCUGGAGAUGGAGACAGACGAGCCAGUGAGCCUGACAUGUCACACCGUGGGAUUCUAGACUGUAUCGAUGCACCCGACCCGCUGCCCACUGAUAGCGAUAGCCAGCACAGCAGUAGCGAAGGUAGCCGCAACGGGCCUGCUGAAAGUCUCCACGCUCUUCCUCAGGAAGAUCUUCUUGCCCAGCAACGAGUCAUGAGGGAAGAAAAAAAGUGUCUCAGGCGAGCUUUGAAGGAAUUGGAGGCCCAGUUCGAGGCCAGAGCGGGUCGAAAAAUGCAACGAGAAGAUCGAGGACCUCAUGUUACCACCGUCUACGAGUCUUACAAACAAACAAAAGCUAAAUUAAGACUUAUAGAUGCUCUGUUAUCGAAAUCUGCUUGACGUAGUUUCUAACAUGUUCUUAUACUAUUUAUAAAUACAAAAACAAGGAUAAUUA